AUGGUUUUCAAUUCUUACUACCCGACAACCACCAGCUGCAACCCUCUGAAGAAAACUUGCCCAGCAGACACCGGUCUGAACAAGUACCGUCUGAACACCGACUUUACCUCCGGAUCUCUAGGUCGCUGGAACACCACCGCCGGCACCGUAACCAGCACCGACCUCGGUGCCAAGUUCUCAAUCUCCGAGCAGGGUGACGCCCCAACAAUCGAAAGUGAGUUCUACAUCUUCUUCGGCCAUGUCGACGUGAAGAUGAGAGCCGCGAACGGCACCGGUAUCAUCAGUACCUGGAUACUAGAGUCGGACGACCUGGACGAGAUCGACUGGGAACAAAUCAGCACCUAUGAUACCGAGAUCCAAACCAACUACUUCGGCAAGGGCAACACAACCUCCUACGACCGCGGCACAACCGUAACAGUCUCAACCCCAGAAGAAACCUUCCACACCUACUCAAUCGACUGGACCUCAGAGCGCAUCGAGUGGCUCCUAGAUGGGGAAGUGGUGCGCACACUCGAAUACGCCGACGCCGUUGACGGCACAAACUACCCUCAAACACCCAUGCGCAUCCGAAUCGGUAUCUGGGCCGGCGGCGACCCGGAUAACUCCGCGGGCACGAUCUCGUGGGCCGGCGGCGAGACAGAUUACACCGAAAGUCCUUUCUCCAUGUACGUUGAGUCGGUCGAUAUCAUCAACUAUAACCCGGCUUCGGCGUACAAAUACACCGAUAAGACUGGGGACUAUACGAGUAUCAAGGCUACGAAUGCUACUACGUCGACUAACUUGAGCUCGUCAAAUUCGAGCUCGAUUCUUGCUUCGAGUAAGACUUCUGCUUCGGCUAGGGCUAGCUCGUCGUUGAUUGCUUCUUCAUCGGCUUCGGCUUCGGCGGCGGCUUCUUCUAUUAGCUUUGUUUCUGCUGCUCCAGUUUCUUACUAUACCUCUAUUCUUGCCAUGGCUGUGGGCUCUCUUGUUGCUGGCUUGGUUCAAUUUUAG